AUGCACGCGCCAAGGAAUGUUUUCUGUCGGUUAAGACAAUCAGAGGCAAACAUACAAGUGCCUCCACUGUACGGUUUCCUUUCCCGGAGAGUGACUCGUCUGCACGACGUCACCAAUGCGACCAUGGGAAAUAGCACCCCCUUAACCCCGAGGAGGUUCCUUGGAGAGCCGUGCAACGCUCCAGUGCAUCUCAGGAGAAGCCCACCUGUGAGACGCCAGUGGGGGAGACGAGACAGACCUGUGCUGCAGACCUCUCCAGUCCAGGAUGAGAACUUCCAUCAUCUGCUUUUCUCCCAACAUCACCAACAGGUUCCUUUAGAUGAGUCCCGACAGUACAGCCACACCAGCACAGCACCACGGAUGCUUCACCCUGCUGCUCACCUGCCCCAGCAGAACCCCAUCAUGGUGGAUCUACACGACCAGAUGCACCAGGGAUCAGUUCCGAUAUCAUACACUGUUACAACGGUGACGACCCAUGGAUUUCCCAUCCACACCGGGCAGCCCCUUCCAGGGUGCAACACUCAGCAGCUCCCAGCAUGCUCGGUAAUGUUCAGCGGACAGCUCUCUCUGCUCUGCUGCCUUCCUCCUCCUCUUAUACAGGCAUGUACCAUGCAGCAUAUACCCGUGUCUUAUCAAGCCUUUCCACCCCUGAUCUCCAGCGAACAUUUUGUAUUGCACCCAACCCCAUCUGUGCCCCCCCACCAGCCGCCGCACCUUACUCCUUUGAGCCAGUUUGUCCCUUUACAGCCUCAGCACCCACGCAUGCCUCUACAGAGGGUAGACAAUGAAGUUGACCUUAGAGGGGACCAGCACCCAUUGGGCACCUUCUCUUACCCUCCCUCUCAUCACCCACCAGCGCUGCCUCCAUCACUGCCCCUACAGUAUCUUCCUCAAGAGCCUUUGCAUCAGGAUCUUCCCUUCGGAGUGCCAUAUCCCAACGUGCUGCCUCGGCGAGUGAAUGGACAGAGAUAUCGGUUGCAGCAGCCUCUCCCCCCUCCUCCUCCCCCUCCAUCUUACUACCCAGGCUUCCUCCCUUACUUCCUGUCAAUGCUUCCUGUGCCUCCAACAGCAGUGGGCCCAGCCAUCAGCCUCGACCUGGAUGUGGAUGAUGUGGAGAUGGAGAACUACGAAGCAUUGCUGAAUUUGGCAGAGAGAUUGGGUGAAGCGAAACCACGCGGACUCACAAAAGCAGACAUAGAGCAACUUCCAUCCUACAGAUUCAACUCAGAGAAUCAUCUAUCUGAACAAACGCUAUGUGUUGUAUGCUUUAGUGAUUUUGAGUGCAGGCAGCUACUUCGGGUAUUACCGUGUAACCACGAAUUCCACGCCAAGUGCGUGGAUAAAUGGUUAAAGACCAAUCGCACCUGUCCCAUCUGCCGAGCCGACGCCUCGGACGUACACCGGGAAGCGGAGUGAGAACACGCUCUCUCGAGUGCCCAACUGGAAAGCUGCACACACCAGAGUCCGUCUCUAAGCUGGAGACUCCUGCCACCUAACCUGCGUCCUCCAGUAAAUAUAGCUUAACGGCCCACCACUCCCAUCCCUCCCUAAACAAAAAGCAAUUCAGGAUGGUUUCUGGAGCGCGUUGUACCUCUGCUGUGCUUCAUUGUCCGAGUCUCAUGAAACCCACUGCCUACUGCAGCCUACAGCCAGAGUUCUGGGAUCCACAGCCAGUCCUAUCUCUGCCCCCGUGUUGCAGAUUCCAAAGAAUUUCCCUACAAUGCAUUGUUUGCUGCUUUUGUUUACAGGGUUUCGUUUAUAUUUAGUGGAUUUGGUUGUGGUGUUGACAAAAAUGUGGGGGUCCUUGCUUUGGAGAAGAGUCGGUGGCCUGGAGGAUUGUUGGCUAGACGCUCUGUGCAAUUAGCAGAAAAAGAAAUACUUGGACGUGGGUAUCUGUGUUUGGAGGCGCCGCCUAACCAUCAUAGAUGCAUGUUUGUGUAGGUGUUUGGCAAAGUGACUUGUUAAUAAUGUAUGUUCUGCAAUAAUGUAUCAGUCCUUUUCAACAGUUUUACCCCUAUUUGUUUUUCAACUUUGCCGAUGCUAUUGUGAGAGCAUGACUUGCUACAGUUAGAGGCGGAUUCCGUUAAGCCAGAGGUUUUGGACUGCAAGUGCUGGGACAUGCAGCUGCAGGGUGUCUUCUCGCCCUGAUAAUCCACUCUGGAACACACAUCAGUACAGCGGCAGUCACGGAUUAAUGGACUGCAUCUUUUUGAGGUCAUCUGGCAUAACUGCACAAGUGCUACAUCCACCCUCCAUCAGCAUCGUUCCUCUGGCAAGUGUGUGGAUGUGUGUGUGCGUGCGCACGCGUGUGUGUGUGUGUGUGUGUUGUGUGUGUGUGCAUAUUGUGUAUGUUUGUCCUGUUGACAGAGCCAAUGCAUUGUGUAACCACUGGAUACAGGGCAGCAUGCUAGGAUUUGCAUGAACUGUUGAUUCAGACUAGCAAUAUUUUAAUCAAGCAUCGCCACCAAAAUUAUCCAAUUUUAAGAAAAAGAAGAGACAAAGACGCAUACUAAAAAGAACUGCUUGCUCACUCAGAAAGCGCCAUGAGGGAAGACUGGCACGCGGUUACAGCCCGACUGUGUUAAAGAGCGGAAGACCUCCUAUGAAGGCCUGUGCAGAAAGCAAUAUGUGCAACAAGCGGGGAGUUUUAAAUGAACAUUUCUUCCCCUUUUUAGGAAGACCUGGGCUUUUUAUUUCUUUGUUUGCGAGCCAAAUUCAAUAUACACAUAUAGCCUACUGUUAAAAGAUUUCAGAUCUGCCUUUUUAUGACCUUGACAAGCACAAACCUGUUAUUAAUCCUGAGAACAUGUCGUCAUUUCCACUUGUUUUAAAAUGAUUUUUUUUAAGGAAAAAAAAAAAAGGUUUAUUUAUUGGUUUAAUCUUUUGAGAGAAAAUCCAUUGACAAAACAGUAGGAGCACUAACAAUGUGUAAGGUAUGUGUUAUAAUCUGGUAACGCGGUCAGGCCAUUGGUAAUGGUGUUGUGAAAGAGCAACCGUAUGUAUAGCUUCAGUGUGAAUGCUUUUCGAUAAAUGUUUGAAGACAGAAGAAUGUUAAAAACCCUUGUAGAAGUCACUGGUGACGCUCCACGUUACACCAGCUGUCUGUAUUCGCGGUGAUCAGAUCAAGCUUCAAACGGCACACAGCUAGAGUGUUCAGUAGUGUAGAAACACUGUAAGACUUCUUGUCCCCCUGCUUGUGUUAACACUAGUAAAACAGGAUAUUUUUUGGGGUGGUAGAGGAAAGAGCAACAUGAACUAUUGCUUUGGAUUCACUCUUGUCUCUCAACUGCCCCAUUAAGCACUAACAGGCAGUUGUGACCUUUGCUCUGAUGCGUAAAGGGAUCUUGCCUUUUUCUUUAUUUUUUGUUUCUUAAGUGAAUGUGAGUCUUUGACGUGUGCCACCUUCAAGAGAAAAAAAGAAGCCAUUUAAUGAGUUAAACCCACAGCUUUGAGAAUUAACCUAUGUGUACAUAUCUAAUCGCUGGCAUAUAUUGUAAGUUUAAAAAAAAAAAAUCACUCAGGGCCUCUCGGUAUAUAAAAAUAAAGGAGAACAGUCCAUUUCAGAUGAAAAGGAUGCCAUGAAAAGAAUAUAACUGAAUUUAGUUUGGUCCUUUUCCUCAGACCAUAAAUAAUUUAAUGUAAUCAAUUAUAAUAUUCAGUUUUUGUCUUAAAUAGUAGAUAUUACACCAUUUAAAGACAGGCAUGCAAGAAAAAAAGAUCAGUAAAUACCUUAACAAUAUUCACUAAAAAGAAGCGAUGUACACUGCAACUUAUUACGAGUGUAUAAUUCAGACCUGUUAGACCUUUGUUCUCGUACUCAGACCAUAUGUUCAGACAUAGCGGUUGUGACGCCAUCUCUAAAUGUGCCACAAUGUGCACUACUCUACCUAAUCCACUCUUAAAAUCGACAACCAACGUGUUUGCAUGACUUAGGAAAAGGAAAAAAAAAACAACAAAAAAGGCUUUUUAAAAAUAAAAAGGAAAACAAGUGUGUUACAGCAGAGGAUGUCUCAAAAUCCAGUGGGGACCUAUUUAUGGUGCACAAUAUGCAUGCUCAUCAACCAGAUCCCAACUGAUUUUUAGCUCUAGUUGGCUUUGGGAGUUUGGAUCUUAACGCUCAGCUGAUAACUGCCAUGCAUUGUACUGCACACAUUUGUAAUUUGAACCGAAUGACUACAAGAUUUUAUUGCGCUAACUUCAUUUUAUAGAGGAAAACAAAAAAAAGAAAAAAAAGAAAAAGGAAAAAAAACUGGCCUUGAGUCCAGAAAUUCUUACAUUGUGUUACUGUUAUUGCCCUAACGACUGAAAAUUACAUGCUCUGAACUACUGUAGUCUAUCAAAAGCCAUAGUGAAAAGGUGCUAGAUGUUCUGCUUUUAGGUAUGAAAACUCACUCGCGUGAAUGCAAUAGUUUGUCAUGGACCCCAUGUAUUCUUAAAGCAUGUUAUACCAGUACCCCUGAACAAUGUCAGUGAAAACCAAUAUAGUUUAAGGGAUUUAGAAAAAAAAAGAAGAAGAAAGUGUUUGUCAUACUUAUUUCAGUGUAGUACUGUACCUGCCUAUCAGGCUCUUGCUCUCAGUGUAUCAAUAUCUUAAAAUGUAUUGUUCACAUAUUGAAACCUUAAUUCAUGUUACUGUUAGCUCUAUUCUUUUCAGAAUAAAUAUUUAAUUGACAAUACCUAGCUACCCUAUUGCAUAAAAAAAAUCCUAUUAAGGCCUAGGCAAUGAGCUGACUUUUAAACGACUGAGAAUAGAGUCUUGUAGUCUUUCUGUUGAAGAGUUAUAAAAUAAUCUCACAGCUUGUAUGGUGCAAAAAUGUUUUCCAAUAAGCAGCUAAAGUUUAUUUAGGAUUUGUGAUUGAUUGCUCCGUAGACGCCAUUUAUUGUUUACCAAUGAUUUUCUUGCUGUGGUGGGUUAGUGGUUUACUGUUCUUACUCUCCUUGGCCUCCAGGGGCCCUUGCCUGAAAACCAGACUACCCACCCACCAACAGAGCCAGGGGCAUGUGUUCUGUGUUAGGCAGAUAUUUUGCUUUGGUACUUGCACAUUUACAGUUACCUCAUUUUUUUUUCCAUGUUUGUAUUGGGAGUGGGUGGGAGGGGGAGAAAACAACUAAUAUAUAUUAUAUAUAGGAAAUGGUUCUUAUUAAUGUUAUAAUUUUUCAUUCCAUUGGAAUCAUAUUGUUUGUAGCAUUUAACAUAACUAGUUAGUGUAUUAUAUAUACAUCUGUAUACUGUUUGAAAUUUUUAAGAUUUGUACUUUUUUUAAAAUGAAAGUUGCUAGUUAUGCUUUACCAAGUAGUGCAAUCAUAUUUUUUUUUAAUUGUUGUGGCUGAUUUGAGAGGGUUGUUCACUAAUAAAUGUAUGACGUAUACCAAUAUCACGCUUGUCUCAUUUGAUUUGCAAACAAGAUUUCAAAUCUAGCAUCUGACAACUGUUUUUUUUUCCUUUUUAAAUGUAAUUCAAAUAAAAAUCGUUUCAAAACUG